CUCCUUAAUCCACAUUCUGCCUAGCCCUUGUUUCCUUGCCGUGCACUCAAGCAUUCAGUGUUUUGGCGGUCUUCGGGUAACAUCGUCAUCCGGGUCUUUCAUGCUUCGCUCUCGAUCGUGUUGCUUUUUUGAUCUAGAUUCGUAAUGUGAGUGCUGCCUCUUCCUUUAUAUCUCUUCCCUCAACUUUGUGUGGUGUUGACUUCUGCUGAUACCCGUAACAGCGAACGAGAGAUAUCUACCAGUUCCUCUGUCUCUGCUUCUUUUUCUUUCCUUUUCUUUUCCCUUCCUUCCCGUUCCUUUUUCAACGUAAUCCCAAUCAAAUCGGUGGUGGUGCAAAGCUCAAGCUCAACACCUAGCGUCGUGAUAGCUUGCUCAGUCUCCACAGCAGAAAAGGUUCCCACCCACGGCACUACCGGCACCGCCCAGCUAGUACCUCGACCGAGGAAAUAGUCUUCUCGCCCUUCACCCUCCUGUCCAUUCAAUUGAUAUUUUCAUACAUCCCUCUCUACACGCGCAGGUCGUUAAUACAAUAAUUUCCUAAGUUUUUCUUCUCGAUUUCCCCAAAGAAGCUUUCCUAUCACCAUAAUGGCUUCCUACCUCCCCGACGCCGUCACUGCGCCCAUAACCAAGAGUGCCGACUAUCUCAAGAGUACAAUUGGUGGUUUGACUUGGGGUCCAGCCCUUUCUGUGUCCAAAGCUGCUGUCACUUCAUUGUUCGGACGAAUUGAGCGUGGUACACUCCUCGUAACUGAUGCCGAAACUGGAAAAACAAUAAGUUAUGGGGCGAAGAUUGCAAAGGAACACAAGGCCAAUGGAGUCAAUGGCGUAAAUGGUAAUCACAACCCGCGGAAAGCUGGUGCAGCAAGAAAGAUAGAAUUGAGAGUUAUCAAUCAAGCAUUUUGGGUGCGCCUAUUCCUGUUUGCCGAUAUGGGUUUUGCGGAGGCGUAUAUGUUGGGAGAGGUCGAAUGUGAUGACUUGACUGGCUUUUUCGAACUUUUUAUCCAAAAUCGCAAUCAAUUGGCAAAUGCCACAACUCUAACCUCCUCUAUCGCCGCCACUAUUACAGGACUCGCCCGGAGUACCAACACUCUGUCCAAUUCCCUCCUCAACGUCUCCGCGCAUUACGACAUUUCUAAUGAAAUGUUUGCUGCAUUCCUUUCCGAUGAUAUGACAUAUUCAUGCCCGAUAUGGAAAUCAAUUUCUAGCGCCUCAUUCGAAUUUGAAGAGGAAACACUUGAAGAAGCACAAAGAACGAAACUCGAUCGAUUCAUAGACGGGGCAAAAAUCAAACCCUCAGAUCAUGUAUUGGAGAUUGGGACUGGAUGGGGCUCAUUUGCCAUUCAAGCCGUUAAACGAACAGGAUGUCGUGUAACAAGUUUGACUUUGUCUGUUGAACAAAAGGCCUUAGCCGAAAAGCGCAUUUUCGCAGCCGGCUUCGCGGAUAGAAUUGAAGUGAAACUUAUGGACUAUCGAGCACUACCCGUACCAAAACAACCUUAUGAUAAGAUAAUUUCCAUUGAGAUGCUCGAAGCUGUUGGGGCAGAAUAUCUGGAGACCUAUUUCUCCUGCAUUCAUCGACUAUUGAAACCAGAUGGAAUCGCUGUGUUCCAAUGCAUUACUAUGCCGGAGGGUCGAUAUGAGGCGUAUGCAAAGGGCGAGGAUUUUAUUCGAAAGUAUAUUUUCCCCGGUGGCCAUCUUCCUUCCGUCACACAAUUAAUCGACAACAUCACCAAAGCCUCGGAGGGAACUUUGGUUGUUGAAAAGGUGGAGAACAUCGGAGGUCAUUAUGCGAAGACGUUGCGAUUAUGGAAGGAAAAGUUCUUGACAAAUUUCGAGUCAAGAAUUAGACCUGCCUUGAUGGCGGAGCACAAGGAGAUGGGAGAGAGGGAGGUAGAAGUAUUCAGAAAGAAGUGGGAGUACUAUUUCACAUAUUGCGAAGCAGGAUUUGCAACAAAGACACUUGGAGAUGCAAUAAUCACAGUUGGUAGAGAAGGAGCAUUGGAAUUGAUGGAUGGCAUUCCCCUAUAAUUUCGAGAUCCCGGUUCACAAUUGAGGGUAACUUUUUUCUGCAGCGCUUGGAGUCCAUGGAUGGGAGGGGUAAUGAAUUUUUCUAAUUUUGAAAAGUCUUAGAAGAAUUGGCACUGCAUUAGGGUGGCAGUGUGUUAGACCAUAUAGACUUGUCAUGUUUGUCGUGGAACCCAUAGUAUA